ACAUCAGCGACGAAGAUUCUCGUAUUUUGCUUUCGUCUACUGAAGUUUUUGACGUGUCCGCUUAUGUAUCAGAAGAAAGAGUGAAAAAAAAGUCUACAGUGGUGCAUAAAAAAUAUAAAAACUUGCGAAUUUCAAGCAAAAUUAUGAAAAAUUUGUGUUGUGCGCAAUAAAACAAAAAAAAAAACAUUCGACGGCCAUCGAUUUCGUUUAUGCUGGGUGAUGUGAGUGUAGUCGGCAGAGCUGGAGCUGGAAUUGUCACCGUCGUCGAAAAUGAGCUGGUUCGACACGACGGGUAUCGCCAACCUGGCAAAAACGGCCCUGAAGGAGGCUCAGAAGCAAAUUGACAAAGCCUUGGAUAUCAAGGAGGAGGAGGAAUGUGACGGCGCUGCCAAGGGCGGCGGCGGGACGGAAAAAUUGGUUCGCUCGGUUUCGGGUGGCAGCAAAACAGAACCGUGCAGUCCGGUCGGGGCGGCGGAAGCCAAAGGUGCCGGAAACGUCGGGAAGGGUCAGGUAGAUAGCAUCUGGGGAUCAUUUACGGGGUCGUUUUUCGAGCAACCGGUGACGGCGGCCAACGUGACGGUAACAAAACCCCCGUCUAGUUUGAAACGCAAAAGCUUCGAAGAUUCCGGAAUUGCUGAAGUUCCGAAGUGUAGUUUUAAGGAAGAUCCCGAGAAGGGAGCUGGAAGUGGUUCACCGGAAAACAGCUCCGAAUCAAUUGAACUGCUAAGCCCAGUGACAACACCCGGAUCGGCAUUGACUUCUCCGAGCUCGGGACCCACCUUGCAGGAGUCGGAAUCGGUAGAGGUCAUCAAAGUGUUGGGAACAGCGUCCAGUGUUUCAUCACCGGACUCGAUCACUUCGUCGGAUCGCAGUCCGGAGAUCGAGGGGGAAGAGAUAAGAUUCACAUCGGUUGAACUCGGCGAUGACGAUAUCAGCGUGGAAGAGGAUUCCGUGUCGUACACACUGUCCGAGCAACCGAUCACGGUCAUGGAAACCAGUGAGGGAUCCGGCCCGAUUACAGUCGCUCCCAGUCGAAGCAGUCUGCAUUUGAGUUUGGACAAAUCGCGCCAGUUGACGUUUUCUGAGGUGUCCGUUUGCGAGACGGAGGAUUCCAAUGAUUCCGAAACGACGGUGACCUCGGUAGAAAAAGCGAAACUGUCCGAGGAACAGCUGGAGAAGUCGUAUGAGAAUAUAGAAAUUCAGACACAAAUUUCGGAUUCCACGCACAGCUUCGAAGAGAUACAGACAUCACAGAUCCCGGCACUGUUGCUUGCGGAACAGAAGCAGCACCUCCAGGAAGCCGGUUCAUCGCAAAAUUCUGGUGACGAGAUCGAGACGGCUACUUCCUCUGAUAUUGAGAUUAUUUCCAGUCCGAAUGGUGACUCGAGCAGUACCAAUAGUGGGGCUUAUCGGACCAGUCCUUUGAAAAUCCCAGACGGCAAGGGUAAUAUCGAUAUAAUGAUGAUUAAGAAACGUGGCCACAAUCGGGAACUGUCCGAGGUAUCCGUUCAAAGUGUCAGUAGCGACGAUUUGGGUGAAACGGAAAAAUUGAUGCGCAGGAUCACGGAGAUUUCGGAGAUUCUGGAGCAGAGAGAGUUUCGUCUGUUGGAGAUGGGCCGACAGAAUGCCGAACUUCACGAGCAAAACUGUCAGCUUAGUGCCCAGCUGGAAUCGAAACAGAGACGGGCGGAGAGUACGGAGUCGGAAGAGUACACCCAGCGUUUGUCGGCACUGGAGAAAAAGUUUCAGCAGUCGAUUCGAGAACGGGAAGCCUACAAACGGCAACUGGAUGCAGCCCGUUUGGAGGCACAAUCGAAGAUGAAUCGAUCCGAUGUCGACAAGGUGCUGGAGGAAAAAGACACGAUGAUCGAGGAGCUAAAGAAGGAGGGCGAAACUUUGUCCAAGCAAGUUCUGAAUCAUUCCAACAUUAUCAAAAAGAUACGAUCAAAAGAAAGAGAAAAUGAUGCGUUGAUUAAAAAGCUUAAGGAGGACAACGGAACGCUAGCGGAGGAAUCGGAACGGCUCAAGCGAUCUCUUUCGGCCAAGGAAGAAGUAGAGCGGUCCCAAAUCGAAGCCGUGCACAAAUUGUCCUCGGAAAAACGAAAGCUCGAAAGAGACAACAGCUCAUUGAAGAGUCAGCUUGAUGAUCAAAUUCAGAAGUUGGAAACGUUGAAGAAAAGCUUCGAGUUUGCCAAGAAAGAACUGACCGAGAAAACGGAGUCCAACCAUGAUUUGGCACGAAAGUCCGCUCUGCUGGCAACGAUGGAAACCGAGCACGGUAACAUGCAAAAGUUGAACGAUCAGAUCAGCACGGAGCUGGAAGAUUUGCGCGAAAAACUGCGCCGAACCGAGGCGGAACAUGCCCAACGGAUUCAACGGUUGAAAAACGAAAACGCCGAACUUUUACUUCGUGUUGAAGAAACGGAAACCCGUUCGGAGGAGGAAAAGAACGCAACGGCCAUGGUCACCAUUCCGCUGAUGAAACAGAUCGAGUCCCUUCAGAAUGCACUACGAAACAAGGAACGGCUGUGGGAACAACGGGAAGCGGACGUCAGUCGCAAACUGGACGAAUCACUGGCAAAGUCCAAGACUUUCGUUGACAACGAAUGUACUCUGAAGGAGCAGAUUUUUACUCUGAACGGACGAAUUUCCAACUUGGAGGAACGACUGACGGCUGCCCUGUUUAAAUCGGAAGACCUCACGAAUUGCCUUCAGCAGAAACAAAUCGAAUUGGAAUUGCUAGAAAAUGAUCAUAGACUUAAGAUGAAAAGCUUCGAAGAUGAGCGCUGUUCAUUGAAAGCUAAACUCUCGGAGUUGGAAUCCAUUCUAGCGGAGCAGGAGCGCACGCUUGCCACGCAGAAAGAACAACUGGAAACCCUCGGGAAGCAGCAAAAUCAGUCGGUCACUCAUAGUAAGCAUCACGAAUCGACGGCAUCGGGAGGAGGAUCAGUAACACGCCAUUCGCCACCGUCACCAACCGCUCAGGGAGCUCUGGGCGAAUCCCGAGCAUCUUCUCCGACGCAUAGCAUGGGAAAUCUUUCGCUGCCGGAAUCGAUUGGCAGUAUCCCUUGGAACGCGACCGAUGAUGACGGGAUGGGAUCCAACAAUGGACGGGCAACGAUCGGUGGAGCACCACUGUUUCACACAACUUCACUGCUGGAAAACCUUCAGGCCACACUGAAACAACGCGACGGUGAAGUGUACCAGUUGCAGUGGGAACUGUCACGGUUCCAGCAGGAACGCAACGUGCUGCAUGUGGAGAUCUCCAGUUUGACGGCGGAACUAGAAAGUAUCAAGGAAAAAUCCGAACGCACAGCUAAGCUGGAAGAGGAGUUCACUCAACUGCAGGAACGGUACGAUGCACUGUUGCAGCUGUACGGUGAAGCCGUCGAGAAGACCGAAGAGCUCCAGCUGGAUCUGGUCGAUGUGAAGGAGAUGUACAAGGUUCAGAUCGACGAUUUGCUGCAGCAGGUUGCCACCGGCAAACAGUUAUAGUAGUAGUUCGGCGGAGAUGCUAGACAAAGCCAGUGGAUGUUGUCAUCGUACAAGACGGUAGAUCGCUUCUGGGUAGUUUUGGUAGCUGGUAGAAGAGCUGGAUAUUGAUACGAUAGAACAUAUGUUUCUAUUCCGAAUCUGUGAACGGUAAAUGUGCUUGCCAAGUGUGGUAUGCCUUUCGUAGGAAAGCAAAAAUCAAACUGUAAAUAGAAGAGUUGUUUUUUUAUGUUUUUAGAAGGGGUUAAAUCUUCCUGGCGACUAGUUAAGCUGAGUUAGGGCACGGGGGAAGCGUUGUUGUAGCUUUGCUAAGAAUUUGAGCUUGAUUUAGUUUCAGCGUGCUGAGGAGGUAAAACGUGCAAGGACAGUCAAGCUUUUUAAAGGUCACUCGUUGUAUAGUCUCGUUAAUCUAAAAGAUUGUGAAAUGUCAACGUACUGCAACGAUUCUACUGUUUAAAACAAAAUAAUCUAAUAUCUAGCUGAUAUUGUUUAAAGCUAAACUACACACUUUUGAAAUUAUAUAUAUCAAUAAUACUAAAUAGAAUAAAAUAUUUA